GGGCGCCUGGAGAUAAACGCCCAGAGAAGCCAGCGAGGGGAGAUUUGCAGAAGCAGAUCUGCAGCAGAAGCCCGGAGAGAGACAGAUGCCCCGCCGGGGUGCCUCCUGCUGACUGGGCCUGGGCAGAAAACCACCUGGAGCCUCGGCAGGAAGAGAUGAGGGGUGGUGCCCCAAGGGGAACGGAAGGACUGAUCUAAGCUAAGGCACAGCAGGGAGACACGGGCACCCCAAGCCAAGACCGGCCCCGCUCAGUUCCUGACCAUGCUGAGCCUGAAACUUCCCCGGCUCCUCAGCAUUAAUCAAGUCCCCAAAGUCUUCCGCGAGCAGGGGAUCCUCUUUGGGUAUCGGCACCCCCGGAGCUCCGCGACGGACUGCAUCUUCAGCGUCUUCCAAAUGACCAAUGAAACUGUCAACAUAUGGACUCACUUGCUCCCUUCUGGGUACUUCCUAUGGAAGCUCUCCGCCUUGCUCUUGGCCUGGGACGUCUGGAACGACCCCUUCACCUGGCCCUUCCUCACCUACAUGGCCACCUGCUGCCUCUAUCCGCUGGCGUCCACCUUCGCCCACACCUUCAGCACCAUGUCCAGCCAAGCCAGGCACAUCUGCUAUUUCUUCGACUACGGCGCUCUGGCCUUAUACAGCCUAGGCUCAGCAAUCGCUUACGCUGCUUACAUUUUCCCAGAGGAGUGGAUCGGCAGCACCUUCCACCACUGCUACAUCUUCAUCGCUGUGCUGAACACGGUCCUGAGCACAAGUCUGUCCUGCUAUUCCAGGUUCACUGAAGCAGAGCGGUCCAAGUUCACCAAAGUGAUUCGCACUGCAGCCUUUGCAUAUCCUUACGUGUUUGACACUGUGCCACUCUUCUACCGGCUUUACUUGUGCGCAGCAAGGGGCUGCUCCGAAAGUGUCAUCCCCACCCACUACGGCCACGUCGUCUUCGCCUUCCUCACCUGCUUCAUUUAUGCGACUCACUUGCCAGAGCGACUGGUACCGGGACUCUUCGACUAUUUUGGGCACAGCCACCAGCUUUUCCACAUCUGCGGGAUCAUAGGGACACACUUCCAAAUGGAAUCACUCCUUAUAGACAUGACAGACCGUCGCGACCGACUGCUGGCUUUUUCACCGGCUCUGUCCCUCUCUCAGACCGUGGGUCCAAUGGCGGCUUCCUUCACCAUCAGCCUGCUCAUCAUUGCCGCUUUCUCAACAACACUCUAUUCAGUGCCAAAGUUCUCCAGGGACUAAUUAAAAACAAAAAAGAAUUAUACUUUUAUUAACAUGUUUAGAGGUUAUCAGGUGCUACUCAUUACCCUGCGUUGAAGGUGUUGAAACUAUUCUUUGAGGAAUGUCUGGAUCAAGGGAUUUUUAUUAAUGAGAUUUUAUAUUGAAAUUUUUCUAUCACUUGAAGAAAGACAUAAUCGGGGAAGCGGCUUUUUAAACGCCUAUGUAGGGUUUGACCUUUUAUAAUGCCUUAAGAAUUGCUAGCCAGAAACCUCCAAAGAAACCCAAGCACUGACCAUUGCAGCAGCCUUAACUACUCUACAAGUGACCACUGAUCAAGAGGAACCAGUUUCUACUGGCAAAGAAUAAAGCCCGGUCCACGCCAAAGAGGUCCCAGGACCCUCUCCAAGUUUCUCCACUCCGUUUUCUGUGCUUGGGAAGACACAGUGCUGCCAAGCAUACCUGGAUGUAACAUAUCUAUAGCUUUAAUAAUAAUUGAUAUGGUUUUUUAAUACACAACCGUGCAAUUAAAUGUCAUCUAGCUUCUUGUAAAUUGUUUGUAUGAGCUCAUAUUUUUGUAAAUAGCCUCUGUUGAGGCAUCGCAC